AUGCUACCAAUACUCCUAAUCCCUCUAACAAUCCUCCUCCCACCCGUCCUCUUCCUAGCAUGGUACCUCCACACCCCAAAUACCAUCCCCAACCUCCCCAAAAUCCCAAUCUACGUCUCAAUCCUAGGCCUCUGGUCCUCAAUGGGCCAAGACGAGAUCUACGAACGCUGGUUCCGAGCUCCACUUGAGAAACACGGCGCAGUCCUAGUCUGGUUCGCGGGACGAUGGAGUGUUCUCGUUUCCCGGCCGGACUGGUUGACGGAUAUGUUUCGGAAUGAUCAGUUAUAUGCGAAAGCUGGGAGUCAGAAAAAGAUUCCGCAUUCGGUUAUUGCUACGCUUGUCGGUGAUAAUAUUAUCAAUGCCCAUGAGAACUGGAGGCUUUUUACGUCGAUUAUGAAACCAGGUCUGCAGAAGAAGGUUUUCGAGACAUCUUCAUUGCUGAGGCAGUCGAGGAGGUUGGUUGAUAUUCUCAUUGCAUUGCAACGGGAUGUUGGGGAGGGUAAGGGGAUCUUGGUUAACGCUGAUGUGCAGAAGUGGGCGGUUGAUGUUAUGGGGGAGAAUUUCCUGGACUUGGAGUUUAAGAGUCUCGGCCAACCAACUGGCCAUGUCCGGAUCGAAGCCCUCCAAUCCAUAAUAAAAGCCACCCUCUUCAAACCAAUGUACUUCAGCUUUCCAGACCUGGACCACUUCCCCUGGCUCCUCCGAUCCCGCAAACGCGCCUACGAAAUAAUGCACGAGUUUGACAACCGUCUAUACGCAAUGGUGAUGGACAUGCUAGAGUACCGCACCCAAAAGUCCAAAUCGGAAAAACUGGUCUCUCACAUGCUAGGCGAGGCCUACAAAACCAGCCGCAUAACGGAGAAACAAUUCCGCAAUAAUCUUAAGAUAACAUUCCUAACAGCACAUGAAAACACGCAACAACUAGUUAAUAGUAUGUUCUGGCAAUUGGGCGUGCGAGUCGAUAUCCAAUCCCGUCUGAGAGACGAGGUCCUCGCUACAGCGGGUACACAUCCAGAUCCCUCGCAGGAGAUUAUCAACAAACUUCCCUACCUUACAGCCGUAGUCCUCGAACUCCUCCGUCUCUUCCCGCCAGUAUGCCAACUCAUCAAUCGGGUAGCAUUACAAAAUGCCAUGUUAGGCGGCGAACUACCUAUCCCAAAAGGCACCUUUGUGGGAUGGAAUGCAUGGGCAGUGCAUAGUAACCCGGUAGUUUGGGGAGAAGAUGCGCGCGAGUUCCGACCUGAGCGGUGGGGGGAGACGGUUGAGGAGAUGCAGGGGCGGUUUCGGAGGGAGACGGUGCGUGGGACGUAUAUUCCAUUUAAUGCGCACAAGCGGAAGUGUCUUGGACAGGGGUUUGCGUUGUUGCAGAUUAAGAUCUUUUUGUUUGUGUUGUUGGAGAAGGUGAGGUGGGUGAUUGAUCCUGCGUAUCAGUUGAAGAUGACGCCGGGUGGGAUUCUGGCUCCGCUGGGUUGUCGAGUUAUCCUGACUGAGUUGGAGGCCUCGGCUUAA